AUGACCAAUAACUGUUUCCCAGAUACUGUUCCUAAUCGAUAUCGAGAACUUAUGAGAGUGUCUCGACUGUGGAGAGACUUGAUGAGUCGAAAAUGGUUUGGCUUUGCCCAUAAUGAUGAGCAGAAACCGGACAAGGGUGAUCUGGCUUGGUUUUGCCCUGCUUGUCCACAGCCUGGGAUUAACCUACCUCCUGACUGGCAAGCCAGAUAUGAAAGGCAACUUGACACAGAUAGCAUGCAUAACCAUGCUGGCCGGUUAAAACUGAGUUGGCUUGUUUCACAAAGAUAUGUGGUAGACGGGAACUUCACUGCUCAACAUAUGGUAAUGAGAAAACCACAGUUGGACAUUAGUUUGUCAGACGGGCUUGGGUAUAUGGUGAAAGAUCAAGAAUACCAGACUCAUCUGUCAUCGGCUGUAGAAAGUAAAGAGCGGUCUUCUUGCAGCAAUCAUCAUGCAGUAAAUGCAGCCAAUAUCAGCAGGAGCAAUCUUCGAGCUACAGGUGUAGGAGCAACUGCUUGUGCUCGACAUGGAUGCUUUGUUCCUCAUAGUAUAGUUGAUUUUCAGAAGGGCGAAAGACACAUGAAUAUCGACUACUCAAUAUGCAAUGCAUUGAAUUAUCAUUCAGCUGGUAUAGACUCUUCCCUCAUCAUUUAUGAUGUGGGGUGUCAGUGGAGCAUUAAUUUUCUACAGAGAGUAGCCCAGAGCAAGGGCUUGUCUGUACCUGAAAAUAUGCACAUCGUUCCAGCAGUUGGAAAAUUCCAUCUUAGCGCUCACAAAUUAGCUUGCUUUGCAAGGUACAGCCUCAACUUUAUUCAAGGGGCUGGACAUGUUGAUGGGGAGAUUUUGGAGACUCUGUGGGCACCAUUCAAUAAGAUCUCCCCAACUGCUCGGUCAAUGAGUCAGGCUCACCGUCAAGAAGUUCUUGAUGAUCAUAUGCGAGACUCAAACUGGAAAAAAAUAGUGGGAAUAAUGAAGACUCUCUUGAAAAAGUACAAACGGGCUCUCAAAGAUGUUGAUGACACAAAGUCUCCCUUUGACGAGCUCACUCUGUCUCUGGACCCUGAGAAGAUUUCGAUAUGGAAGAUCGAUGAGAAAAAGGCCAUGGAACAACGUGGAGAGUAUCUUGACAUCUAUCAGUUGCAGAUGAACAAAGCUCCAACUAUGGCAGAGAUUAGACUCAAAUUAACUGAGUCUGAGAAUACCGACACUAGCAAACCUGGGACAGUCUCUUGGCUCAUUACUGGCAUCAAUCUGGAGGAUUUACAGGAUGGACUAAGGGCAGAUAUUCGACAACUUCCUACUGAUGCAACCCCAGGACAGAAAGUUUCUAUAGAAGAGAAGCGACAGAGAUUGACAGCUAGGAUAGCUAAAUUUCAUGAAACAGCCGAUGCCAUGACUGCUGGUAUGGAUCUUGGAACUGCAACAGUGCAUUCCGACGAUCCUAGAUUCUGCUAUGCAGGUCAUGAUGAAAAUGGUUGGGGAGAGGUCUCAGAUGAAGAGAUCUCAGAGUAUAUUGACGAAGAAAUCUUGGCUGAAGAGAUGGGUAUCUGGAUGCCAUCAUCAGUGCCCUACCAGGAUGCAUUGGCUCUCGGACUGGGUCCCCUCCAAGCUGAAGAAUUAGAACUUCGAAAGGGCCAAGCCAAUGACUGCCUCGAAAAGCUUCGAAUGGCCCUUGGUCAUAAGGCCAUCAUCUAUCGUCAGUAUUUUCGAAGUGCUAAUUCUACAUGGGCUGGGACUAGGUCAAAGCAAGAAGCUCAACGCUGUCAGCUCAAAAUUGACAAGUGUGUAAGAAGCUAUCAGAGGGCAAGGUCAGCAAUGGAAGGUCUAGGCAUGGACAAAGCCACCUUGGGGAGUCUUUAUCAGCCAAUAUCGCCUACAGAGCUCAGUAUAGACAAAGAGGUGACAGAAGAAAAUAGAUUUGGACAAGGGUCAGACAGGCUGGCUUGGUUUUGGAGGGGAAAUAAUGCAAGCCAAGGUCAAGACGAUGCCUGGAUAGAUGAAUCUCCAACCGAUCUAGUCUACAGGGUGAACUGGUUGAAGGCUAAGGCUAGAUGGAAUAGAUAG